CGCCCGCGCGCACCGGCUGCCCGCAGCCGCCGCUCCCGCUCGCGCCGGCGCUGCUCGGGAGCCUGCCCGCCGCCGCCUGCUUUGUGCUUCCCCCAGAAGAUGGGAGCGACCUCUUCCCGGUCGGGAGCUAUUUAAAAGGAGGGAGCGCGCCGUAUUGCCUGCUAGCGUGGAGGAACCGGGGAAGGAUCCAUCCACACUCCCCCCAGAUCAGGUUGGGACACUUGGAAGUCUACCAUUGUACAACAUGCUGCAGUUAAGACCCUCACCUACCUUUUCGAUGGGAUGUCAUCUGUUAGCCAUUGUGGCUCUCUUAUUUUCCCAUGUGGACCUUAUAAGUGCAGAGAUAGAAAUGGAAGGAGAAGUCAAUGAAACUGGCGAGUGUACUGGCUCAUAUUACUGUAAGAAGGGGGUGAUUUUACCCAUUUGGGAGCCCCAAGACCCUUCCUUUGGAGACAAAAUUGCUAGAGCUACUGUGUAUUUUGUGGCCAUGGUCUACAUGUUUCUUGGAGUCUCUAUCAUUGCUGACCGGUUCAUGUCCUCUAUAGAAGUCAUCACAUCUCAAGAAAAAGAAAUAACUAUAAAGAAACCCAAUGGAGAGACCACCAAGACCACUGUGAGGAUCUGGAACGAGACGGUUUCCAACUUGACCUUGAUGGCCCUGGGAUCUUCUGCUCCAGAGAUUCUCCUUUCCGUAAUUGAAGUGUGCGGCCAUAACUUUACUGCAGGAGACCUGGGUCCUAGCACCAUCGUGGGAAGUGCUGCAUUCAAUAUGUUCAUCAUUAUCGCCCUUUGUGUCUACGUGGUCCCAGAUGGAGAGACGAGGAAGAUAAAGCAUUUGCGUGUGUUCUUUGUGACAGCAGCCUGGAGCAUCUUUGCCUAUACUUGGCUUUACAUUAUUUUGUCCGUCAUCUCUCCUGGGGUCGUGGAGGUCUGGGAAGGUUUACUUACCUUCUUCUUCUUUCCCAUCUGUGUCGUGUUCGCUUGGGUAGCAGAUAGGAGGCUUCUUUUCUAUAAGUAUGUCUACAAGAGGUAUCGGGCCGGCAAACAGAGGGGAAUGAUCAUCGAGCAUGAAGGAGACAGGCCAUCUUCCAAGACUGAAAUUGAAAUGGAUGGGAAAGUGGUCAAUUCCCACGUUGACAAUUUCUUAGAUGGCGCUCUUGUUCUAGAGGUCGAUGAGAGGGACCAAGAUGAUGAAGAGGCCAGGCGAGAAAUGGCGAGGAUUCUGAAGGAGCUCAAGCAGAAGCACCCGGAGAAAGAAAUAGAGCAAUUAAUAGAAUUAGCUAACUACCAAGUCCUAAGUCAGCAGCAAAAGAGUCGAGCUUUUUACCGCAUCCAAGCUACCCGCCUGAUGACUGGAGCCGGCAACAUUUUAAAGAGGCACGCAGCUGACCAGGCAAGGAAGGCUGUCAGCAUGCAUGAGGUCAACACUGAAGUGGCAGAAAAUGACCCCGUGAGUCAGAUCUUCUUUGAACAAGGGACCUAUCAGUGUCUGGAGAACUGCGGUACUGUCGCCCUGACCAUUAUCCGCAGAGGUGGCGAUUUGACUAACACUGUGUUUGUUGACUUCAGAACAGAGGAUGGCACGGCCAAUGCUGGGUCUGAUUAUGAAUUUACCGAAGGAACUGUGGUCUUCAAGCCUGGUGAGACCCAGAAGGAAAUCAGAGUUGGCAUCAUCGAUGACGAUAUCUUUGAGGAGGAUGAAAAUUUCCUUGUGCAUUUGAGCAAUGUCAAAGUCUCUUGUGAUGCCUCAGAAGAUGGCAUCCUGGAAGCCAAUCAUGUUUCUACACUUGCUUGCCUCGGAUCUCCUUCCACCGCCACUGUGACCAUUUUUGAUGAUGACCACGCAGGCAUCUUUACCUUUGAGGAGCCUGUGACUCACGUGAGUGAGAGCAUUGGCAUUAUGGAGGUGAAGGUAUUGAGAACAUCUGGAGCUCGAGGAAAUGUUAUCGUUCCCUAUAAAACCAUCGAAGGGACGGCCAGAGGCGGAGGCGAGGACUUCGAGGACACUUGUGGAGAGCUUGAAUUCCAGAACGAUGAAAUUGUCAAAACAAUAUCAGUCAAGGUAAUUGAUGAUGAGGAGUAUGAGAAAAACAAGACCUUCUUCCUUGAGAUUGGAGAGCCCCGCCUGGUGGAGAUGAGUGAGAAGAAAGCCCUGUUAUUGAAUGAGCUUGGUGGCUUCACAAUAACAGGGAAGUACCUGUAUGGCCAACCUGUCUUCCGGAAAGUUCAUGCUAGAGAACAUCCGAUUCCCUCUACUGUAAUCACCAUUGCAGAGGAAUGUGAUGACAAGCAACCGCUGACCAGCAAAGAGGAAGAGGAGAGGCGCAUUGCAGAAAUGGGGCGUCCCAUUCUGGGGGAACACACCAAGCUGGAAGUGAUCAUUGAAGAAUCCUAUGAAUUCAAGAGUACCGUGGACAAACUUAUUAAGAAGACAAACUUAGCCCUUGUGGUUGGGACAAACAGCUGGAGAGAGCAGUUUAUUGAAGCCAUCACUGUCAGUGCUGGGGAAGACGACGACGACGACGAAUGUGGGGAGGAGAAGCUGCCCUCCUGUUUUGAUUACGUGAUGCAUUUUCUGACCGUGUUCUGGAAGGUCCUCUUCGCCUUCGUGCCCCCUACAGAAUACUGGAACGGCUGGGCCUGUUUCAUUGUCUCCAUCCUCAUGAUCGGCCUCCUGACGGCGUUCAUCGGAGACCUGGCUUCCCACUUCGGAUGCACCAUUGGCCUGAAAGAUUCUGUGACUGCAGUGGUGUUCGUCGCGCUUGGCACUUCAGUACCAGACACAUUUGCAAGCAAAGUGGCAGCCACCCAGGACCAGUAUGCAGACGCGUCCAUAGGUAAUGUCACCGGCAGCAACGCAGUGAACGUCUUCCUGGGAAUCGGCGUGGCCUGGUCCAUCGCUGCCAUCUACCACGCAGCCAACGGGGAACAGUUCAAAGUGUCCCCUGGCACACUGGCCUUCUCUGUCACUCUCUUCACCAUUUUUGCGUUCAUCAACGUGGGGGUGCUGCUGUAUCGGCGGAGGCCGGAAAUCGGAGGUGAGCUGGGUGGGCCCCGGACUGCCAAGCUCCUCACAUCCUGCCUCUUCGUGCUCCUGUGGCUCUUGUACAUUUUCUUCUCCUCCCUGGAGGCCUACUGCCACAUAAAAGGCUUCUAAAGGAACAAUCAGAUAUAGUAAAUUUAUAUAUAUAUAUACGUAUAUAUAUACAUAAAAUAUUAUGUAUAAUGAACAGAGGAAACUGACAUUUGUCAUGUUCACCUACCUGCUGAUGGAAUCCAGCUUCAAGAGCAUACUCUGUACUAGGGCCGGAGUGAGAAACCAUCACCUCCCAUUCCCAGGGGCAUCAUCACAUUGAACAAAGGCAUGGAGGCAGGGGCAUCUUUGCAGCUCAGCCUAGAAGGACUGUGUUCUCUCCAGGUUCAUAAAUCGUUAAGUCUGUGAUUUUGUUUUCUGUUUCCGCUUGUUUUUGGUGGGGGCUGGGAGGUGGCUGACGUUCGAUUUUGUGUUGUUUCCUUGGGACGGUCAAGGUUUUCGUUUCUCUUGGGGGAGGUGAUGAUCAAUCUAUAUGCAAAUGGGUUUCUGGUAAAGAAAAUUUAAAUCCUUAUAAUUACUCUCUCCAAACACUUU